AUGCAUCGAAUUGAGAUGGUUAAUGUUAGAAAUCGGAAUGACAAGCUGUCAAGAAAGCCAAACACAGUCCAAGAUUACAACAAUGGCAUGGAUGGAGUAGACAGGUCAGAUCAAAUGCUGUCUUACUACUCGGUGCUGCGCAAGACAAUCCGGUGGUAUAAGAAGAUUGUCCUGCAUAUCCUACAAGUGUUUCUUCUAAAUGCCCACAUCCUGUAUAACACAAACAACAGAGAGCAGAUGAAGCUAUUAAAAUUUCGUGACCAGAUUCACCUGCUUGGUGAUGUCUAUGAGAAAUUACGUGACCACAGCCCAGCACAUUCCCAGGCUCCAGUAAAUGAGACAUUCCAUUACCUUGCACCACUGCCUCCCACAGAGAAGAAAGAGCGAGCUACCAAACCUUGCCGAGUGUGCACAAAGGCCGGUACGAGACGGGAAUCCCAUUACAUCUGUGAAGUCUGCCCCGGGAAGCCAGCUCUUUGUGUGGGAAAAUGUUUCAAAGUUUAUCACAUGUCAGAAUAA